AUGUCCAAGUUUGAUGGAGCCGGAGCGGCCCUGGUGACUGGUGCUGGAGGGAGCAUUGGUUCAGCCGUAGCCGCUGCUCUCGUUCAGCGUGGAUGCUCCAAGCUGGUGCUGGCCGACAUCUCCACCACUGCUCUAGAAGCGACGCAGAAACACCUCCUGGCCGGAUAUGACUCGGGCUCGCGGCCAUUGCAACUUCUCCUGGUCAAGACCGACAUCCGCCUCGAAGAAAGCGUCGACGCAUUGCUGAAGACGGCCGUCGACCGAUUCGGCGCCAUCCACUACUUUGCGAACUGUGCCGGCAUCAUGAUUGAACCUGCUGCGACAUUGGACACUCAACCCCAGGACUUCUUGACCCUCAGUACUGUCAAUCAACGAGGCACAUGGCUGUCGGUACGUGCCGAAGUGCGCCAACUACUCAAACAAGAGCGAGAACCAUUUGGGGCCGGCUCCUCUCGAGGAAGUAUCGUCAAUGUUUCUUCGGUGCAAGGCUUAGCAACCCAACCCGGCAUGGUGGCGUUUGCCGCAGCAAGCCAUGGAAUCGUGGGGUUAACCAGGUCCACCGCGUUGGACUACAUUGAUUCUGGCAUCCGGUUCAACUGCGUCUGUCCGGCGGCCACCGAAUCGGCCUUUCUGAAGUCUCCGACAUUCCAAGAAGCCUCCAAGGACUGUCUUCCGGCGGGAGGUGUCAAUCAGCCGAGCGAGGUGGCCAAUGCCAUUGUUUUCUUGCUGAGUCCAGAUGCUUCGGCCAUUAAUGGCGUGUCGUUACCGGUCGAUCGGGGUUGGACUCUCUACCACCACUGA